ACUCAUUGGAAUAUCAAUUAUGAGUGUCUUGAUAUGCUUAUUGAAGUAGCAGAAAUUUUGAAAAAAGAAUUUGGUAAAACAGUUGAACAAAAAAAAAUCAAAAAUGAUUUGAGAAAACUAAUAA